AGAACGAGCGGACCCGGAAGGACAGAGCCUGUCAGAAGGACGGAGCCGUGCAGUGCGGGAACUGUGGUGAGCUAGCUCGGGAAAGAUGCUGACCAAUAUCUCUAAUGUGCUGAGAGCUUGCGCCCAGAGAAAUGGGGCUGCAGCGGUCAUAUCAGCACGCACCUAUGCUGACUUCACUACCCAGGCUACCUUUGAAAUAAAGAAAUGUGACGUCCACAGGCUGGAUGAGGCCCCGGCCACUCAGGUGGUCAUGACUCGCGAUGAGGGUCUGCAGUACUACCGCAUCAUGCAGACAAUGAGACGUAUGGAGCUGAAGGCAGAUCAGCUGUAUAAGCAGAAGAUCAUCAGAGGAUUUUGCCACUUGUAUGACGGCCAGGAAGCCUGUGCAGUUGGUAUUGAAGCAUCAAUUAAUUUGACAGACCACCUGAUCACUGCGUACCGUGCCCACGGCUACACUUACACAAGAGGAGGGACCGUGAAGGAGAUCAUGGCUGAGCUCACUGGCAGAAGAGGAGGUAUCGCUAAGGGCAAGGGAGGCUCUAUGCACAUGUACUGUAAAAACUUCUACGGAGGAAAUGGAAUUGUUGGAGCUCAGGUUCCCCUUGGUGCUGGCGUAGCUCUGGCCUGCAAAUAUCAGGGCAAUAAUGAGCUGUGUGUCUGUCUCUAUGGUGACGGUGCUGCCAACCAGGGUCAGAUCUUUGAAACCUACAAUAUGGCAGCACUUUGGAAGUUGCCCGUCAUCUUCAUCUGUGAGAACAACAGGUAUGGCAUGGGCACAUCAGUGGAGCGAGCUGCCGCCAGCACAGACUACUUCAAGAGAGGAGAGUUCAUUCCUGGUCUCCGGGUGGAUGGGAUGGAUGUUCUGUGUGUUCGGGAAGCAACCAGGUUUGCAGCCGAUCACUGCCGCUCUGGAAAGGGUCCCAUCCUCAUGGAACUUCAGACCUACCGCUAUCACGGACACAGUAUGAGCGAUCCUGGUGUCAGCUACCGCACACGUGAGGAGAUCCAGGAGGUCCGCAGUAAGAGUGACCCCAUCUCCAUGCUGAAGGAUCGCAUGCUCAGCAACAACAUGGCCAGCGUGGAGGAGCUCAAGGAAAUCGAUGUGGAGGUGAGGAAGGAAAUUGAAGAUGCUGCUCAGUUUGCCACCACAGAUCCUGAACCCCCACUGGAAGAACUGUGCAACCACAUCUUUUACAACAAUCCACCAAUUGAGGUGCGCGGCACGCACCCAUGGUCCAAGCUAAAGUCUCUUAGUUAAAGUUUUUUUCAUCACAUCAUCCAUACUAUAAUAUAUUGACCCCCUUCACAUAUACGCACACAUCAUUCAAUGUUUCAGAAACUAGUGCCUCCGAUCCAAAGCUUAAAGCAUCAGCAAGUAAUUAAAUUAAAUUAAAUUAAAUUUCAGAGCUGUUUAUUUCAACAGCUGGGGCCAUAUUCACAAAGAUGUUCUGAGAAUCAAAUUAGCAAAGAUUGUUAAGAGCAUUAAAUGGUUAAAUCCUUUGUUUCAGUGUUAUUUGUCUUGCAGUCCCUCCUCUUUACAUUUUGUUUGUCCAUGUCUGAAUUCAGACACAGUCAGAUAUCAGGGCUCAUUAUUAUAUCUUUAAGAAGAGCCAUUUACUGACAUUAGCUUUUUAUACAUCCUGAAAAGCUUUCAUCUUCCAUAGUCUUGAACGUUGUUUUUUUUUUUCUUUUUGCUUAAUAAAUUGUUCAUUAAAUUCCCAGAAACACAAAGCCUUUCAGAGGGAAAUAUAAAUCAGACGGACAUGGCAGUAAGUUUUGGUGCUCAAAACAACUUCAAGUGCCAUUGCGUUGUGACAAUGAGCAUUCAUUUUAUGUUUAGUAAUAUUAAUCACCCUCCAAGACAUUAGUGGGUUAUUUAAAGUCUUCAUUCCUCUCAUGUAUGAAGUAAAAUUGUAAAUUCAUUUCAGGGGGAAGCUCCAGGAAUUACUUAAGCUUCUGUAUUUCUUAACAUUAAGCACUUAACUUGAACUUCAGAAGAUUUUGUGAAUCUGGCCCUAAGUGAAUAAGUUUAGCAGAUUCUAAAUUUGCUUGUUUGAUGUUUAUCUCGGGUCGUUUUUGAGGUGUAAUUAAGCAAAUGUUCAUUCAAGACUCUUCAUCUCAAAAAGAGACUGUCUGACCUGUAAAAAUGGCUUUGUACUCUUUAUACUUAAGUGUACAUGAUAAAUAAUUCAAUUUGAGUCGAUCAAUUCUUUUUUUUUUAACCUCUUGUUACAAAGACAUCAUAAAAGACAGCAGGGUAAACGCUGUUGUUAUUAUCAACAUUCUCAAAAUGUCUCCCUGUUUUUCUUUCUAUAUACUGUAUGUAAGAAAGAGUAAAGAAUACCAAGGUUUGAAAUAUUUUUAAUUUAUCUUGCCAAACCAAACGCGUGCCUGGCAAAUUUAGUGUUGUUUAGAAGAUGAAUGUUUUUUUUUGUCGCACUCCAAGCUGAGCAGGUGAUUCUAUGCAUCUAAAAGUGAGAUGUGUGAAGACAGAUGUUCACAGAGUGCGUUUACAUACAUAUGGUUACGUUGCAGAUACUCAGGUGCCGGUAUGAAUUUCUUGGCACAAACAUUAACAGCUCAUUUACAUGUAUUUGGAGAAGCUCUUAUUCCAUUUCUGAUGUACAUAUGUAAGAAUAUGUAUUAUUCAAAAUGACCACAGUCGUAACCAUUGGUAAAUGUACACGUUAUGACUUCGAAUCUGAGUGGAUACAUCAGCUAAGCUUCGUUAUUCCAGUUUUCCAAAUCUAGGAGAGAUGUUGGGUUAAGUGUUGUUGGUUGUGUAGCUCAGAAGGUGGCACAAAAAUCAACUAUAACUCAAAUGUACAGGGAUACGUGAACAUUUUGAAUUUCAGUCUGUUUUCUUUUCUGUCAAUUUCUUGAACACACUAUUGUGACAAAACUAACAUCUCAAGUAGCAAUAGAAAAAACAACCUGCAUAUCAGCAUGAAUUGCUAGCAGUGAGCUGCCAUGUUUGUCUUCACACACAAUUAGUGUCCAUACAUUUUGUAAUAAUCCUUGUCACCCUCUAAAGGGUACCAGAAGGGAAGGGUCUUUUCUCUGUAAAGUGAAAAGUUUUUAUUUAACUAAGAAAACAGACUAACAUUUAAAAUGUCAGUACCUGUCUUAAUACAACUGAAAAUGCCUACAGUGAGUAUUUGUAGUAAACUGUUACAUUGAGAGUGGCAGACGGCAAAAGGCAACAUGGAAAAACUGGUUCUAUGUGUGAUCCUCUGUAAUAAAAAGACUGUAAGGUA